CAACAGCAACAAGCCCAACAAAAUUUAUUGAAUAAGUCAAAUGAUGACUUGCGAAGAAAACGGCCUGAAGCAACGCGACCAAAUCAUAUUUUGCUAUUCACUAUUAUUAACCCUUUCUAUCCCAUUACAGUGGAUGUACUACACAAAAUAUGUCAUCCACAUGGUCAAGUACAGCGUAUUGUUAUAUUUAAGAAAAAUGGUGUACAAGCAAUGGUCGAAUUUGAUAGUUUGGAAUCAGCAACACGUGCUAGAGAUAAUUUAAAUGGUGCCGAUAUAUAUUCUGGAUGUUGUACACUGAAAAUUGAUUAUGCAAAACCCGAAAAAUUGAAUGUAUACAAAAAUGAUACAGAUACUAGUUGGGACUAUACAUUAGCGACAGAAGCCAAAGUUAUUGGAAAUGGCAGAUCACCUUUAUUACAAGAACCUUUAUUUGGAGCACGGCCACAAGCAUACAGUAAGUCACCUUAUAACAAAUUAAGUGAUCUCUAAUUAAAAAUCAAAAUGUAAGUAACUUUAACUUUGAGAUUAUAUUCA